CGGAGAGUAACACAAAAGUAAUAAAAAACAAGGCCAUGGCUGUCAGCUGCUCGAAGCGAAGCUCCGAAGCUCGCUGAAGCAUCAAGCCGGGGAGGACAUUUAUCGCAGGUGCGGCUCGCCAGACUGGUGUUUAUGGCAAACACGUGGUUUCGGCGUCGCUGUGCACCGGCUAUGACCCAAUGCGACAGAUCGUCGUCACACGCCGAGCGACGCGCCGUCACGCGCAGCUGCGCCCGCUUCUCCGCCGUCGUCUGAGUACCGUUACCACUACGUAAUACUACACAGGUAGUACUGCUACCGUAUACUAAGUGGCGAAAGUGCGCGCGUUGUUCUUCUCCUCAUGGCCUGGUUGGCACUUCGAGGUAGCGGCCGGAUGGUGGUCGUCCUGGCCGCUGCCGUUUCGCUGCUCGUGCUUCUCUACGUGGCGCGGAUACGGACUUCGCGGCCCGCUCUGGUGAGCUUGCGACAACUGCUGGACGCCGGCGUGGCCGCCGCGGAAGUGGGAGGUGGCGAAGUGCGGCGUGUGCGCCUUAGCAACCGCCUCGCGCAGAAGAGUAAAGGCAAGACGCGCGAAGGCGCCGACGAUCCCCUCACAGCGGGCGACCUCAGCUCACACCGCGUCAUGUACGGCGGUCUGUCGGCGUCUUUUCCGGGACUCUCGAUCAUCUCAGAGGAGCAUACCGAAGGAGACCAUGAUGCAGCAGCUAAUUUGCUGUCCAGAGCAAGCACUCUGGGAGGCCUGAUAGGAGACGAUGUUCUUGUUCCAGCAGAGGCCAUCACAGUGUGGAUUGACCCAUUGGACGCUACUCAGGAGUACACAGAAAACCUGCUGGACUAUGUCACCACCAUGGUUUGUGUGGCUGUGCACGGCUCACCUGUAAUUGGAGUCAUACACCAGCCCUUCCUCAACAAGACAACUUGGGGCUGGGUCGGCCAUGGCAGCAACGUCCAUUCUCCUGCCCAAGGCGACGCGACCGAGACUCGCACGGUUGUGGUGUCACGAUCGCACCCCGGGGAAGUGCAAGCCCUGGCCAAGAAGGCCUUUGGCCCAGAAGUCAAAGUAGUGCCGGCUGGAGGUGCAGGCUACAAGGUGCUACAGCUGGUGGAAGGCCACGCAGACGCGUACCUGCACAGUAGCGCCAUCAAAAAGUGGGACGUGUGCGCAGGCAACGCGCUCCUCGCUUCGCUGGGAGGCCACAUGACUGCGCUCGACGGCACACCGCUGAGCUACAGCCUAGAAGCCUCGCAAGUACACCUGGGAGGCCUGCUGGCCGCCUUGAGCAAUCAUGGACGGAUGCUGGACUCUGUUCGCAAGGCUCGUGCAAAGGCUUGAGGCCAACGCAGACGCCAUUACGUCAAGCAAGCCGGCAGGCUGCUGGACUGCUGCCGGUAGACAAUGCCAAACGUUGAGUUUCCUACAAAAAUCAUUAGUACAGGGAAAUCUGGCACUGCGACAAUUCAGCUACCUAUGAGAAUGAUCGGUAAAACAUGGAUUUGUCCAAUAUUCGUGCUUGCAGCUUCGGAUGCUCUUGCGGCUGUAUUUACCAUGCUUUGUUUUUCUAAACGUCUGACCAACCAUUCUUUUUUUAAGUACAUGAAGGCAAUAAGUCUCUCGACAUGUGCACGGUCGUUGCGAAUCAUCACAUUUAUAACUCAGUAUUUCGUUGAAAAUGAUGAACUUGCAAUGUCGCAAAGUUGUUUGAUGCCGGAAUGACGAAGUUUGAGCAAAUCGAUGUAGCACCCAACAUUCCGUGCUGGCUGAACUACCAUACUUGUGACUCUUGCAGACAAUAGUGCCAGUUUUCCCCAGAGCGAUUUUUGUAGGUAACAUCCCAAUGGCCAACGGAGCAGAAGGCCUAGAAUGCAAGCCGGCAGAUUUGUUUGACAGAAGAAGCUCUGAAGCAGUUAUGAAGGAAGCAUUACUUCUGGGAUUCUGAUAAGAGGCUGCAGUUGCGAAAGUGCAAGUCCAUUCACACAUGGAAAGAUGCAGAGCAGAUGACGCAAACACAGAAGGCAAUUAAUAGAAAGAGUGUAGUACGCCCUCUCUUUUUUCUUGUUUCUGUGUUGUAUGCAGCGCUGCUUGCUAGCGAUGAACUUGAACCAACUCACCAAGUUUAAGCUUUGGUGCAAUACAAGUUGGAUUUAACAAAAAGAAAUUACAUCUUGACUUUCUCAUUACACUUUUUAUGCACACGUGAAUAUGUGGUGAAACUGUAAGCUGGCAGCAAAAAGAAAGCAGACAAUAGCAGAGAGCUCCAACCUGUAUUUUUUUCUUUGCAAUAAUGUUGAAUCAAUCAAUUGCUCUUCAUUAUAUGAAGAACUUCUAUUAUCUUUGUUUACGUGUAACAGCAAUGUACAAAAACUGUUUCAGGGUUCUUUUGACUUUUGUUCAGACGGAACAUUUUGGCACCCUUUAAAGUUGUCUCACUGUAUCUAAACAAACUCCUCAGAACUACAGAUGUUUUGUUUGAAUUAUCAGAAGUUCUGAAUUGAACAAAAGACAAUGCGCAUUAAGACAAAACUGUGAUGCUUAUCUAUGAGAAAAUAUGCAAACAAAACACAUUUCUUUUUCUUUCAUGUUUUCUUGCUCCUUUCUCAUGUGUAGAACACCAAAUAAGGGUGGAUGCGCACAUAUCAGCCUAGUGAAGGUUGCAGGGACAUGCAUUUGUCCUUCAGAAAUCAUCAGAUCCUAAUACAAUUGUCCGUUGUGGACUGCAUUCGCCUGCACAUGGAAGUUUCAGCACUGAACGUUUAUGCCAGCCAUGCUCUAAUAGCAGUGACUGUCUUCAUCACUAUUAGAAGCCGCAUUCUGUUGCUGCUAUCGUGUUGCCUCGGGAGUGAAAUGUUUGGAUUGUGUUGAUAGUGGUAUAUUGUCUGAAUUUUGUAGUUUUCAAAGGCACACUGGAAACGUAGUGGAUGGGCCAUAAUCUCGACAAUUAUUUCAGUCAAGUGAAACUGUGAAUGAAAGUGUGUGAAUUAGUACGAGUAACUGUACUGGUAUUAUCUUCAGAAAUGGUGUAUUCCACUUAACCACUUUUGUGUUUCUGCAUGGCAGCAGAGCAGAUGCAGCUCAGAUGCCCAAGUGGAUUAUAAUGCUUUUUCAUGACACUCGCAUUACUUGAGUAGCUUUUCCUUUUUAAGACGAGAAUUUCUCAUCUUUCUUGCAAAGAUUGUGAACCAAAGGCCGACCCAGUCUAACCUGUACAUGAAUUACCAUGAGUUUUUCUACAUGCCUUUCAGAGGCAUGGGCCGCAUGGCAGUAUGCGGGGCAGAGCUAAUUUUCCUUCAGUGGUAGUUAAAGAGGCCUGCUCUGAUGAAAUAAGGUGACCAUGACCACACUUAUCAUCACGAUAGCUGAUUCUAGGUCACCGUAGCAGCACAAAAAGCAAAAAGUGACUUAAAACAUCUCUCUUUGUAGAAAAUUGCCAUAAGAAACAAGAUCAGUGGGAACACUAUUCAUCAAAAGGAUUGCCAGUGGGACUCCGUGAUGAAUGUUGAACGUGGAUGCGCCUAUGACUGGCGUAAGGCAUUUAUCCUUCUCUUGCGGUGAAAUUUCCUAGGGCUCUGUUGUCCUGGCAUAAUGAAGUUAUUGUGCCAAUGCUUGUGCCAGCACAUAUUUUAGUCAUGCUCUGAGUGAUGUAGAAACAGCAAGCGUGUCUUCAACAAUUUCUCAGUGUGAACAAACUCGCGAAGCCCGACGGAGCUUGUAUGACCCCGGUAGAGGAUCCGUGUCUAGUCUGUGGUAGCCUUGUUUGCUAACCGUGGUCGGUAUAUGUCAGGAAGUGUGUGCUAAAUUACCUGUUUGAGAGGAGAAGACUUAAGUGUACUAAUGUGGAUUGUGAAUGUGAUAUAUAUAGCAUAUAGUAUGCUAUAAAAUAGAGUGUAUUUGCCAGUUCUUGCUGGUUCGAAGGCAAAAGGGGGUUUGACCUUUUUGGACUGUGUUAUAGUAGUGUUUAUGCUAAAGUGUUAUGUACGCAGCAUAAUAACAGAUCUAUAGAGCAUAUGUGCACAGUAUUCUACACAUGCACAUUAAAAGUACAAUUUCAAGCAAAAGCCUAGAGACGAUGGCAUCAAUAAAAAAUUUUAAUUUAUUCUGAGUCGUGUAACCUGGAAUUGUCUCAUUGGAUUGCGUUGAUCACAUAGGUGCAGGUAGGCUAUAGCACUUCGCAGACUAUAGCACUUAGCCAACUAUAACGUUUAGCAGGCUUAAGUAAAGCCUGCGUGCCUAGGUUGCGACAAAAAAAAAAAAAAAAAAACUUUUUCAUGGCAUCUCUGGUCCUCAAACUUUUGCUUGUGACUGUGCGCUAUUUUGUUGCGUACUCAAGUCUUCUGCUCUUGUGUGUGCAUUGUGCUAAACUUGUGUUUUAUUGUCGAGAAAGAGAAAUGCCGCCUGAGGUGCAGCGGUUGGCAGAAAGCAUUUAGGAGCAAUAACUGAUGCAUCUGGGUUCAACGAAUAUGCAACUAGUUAUACCACUUGCGUUGUUUUACUCUUUCACUGAUAGGGUUUUGCUAGAUCUGUAUUCAGUGUGUACUUAUAUACGCGUGGUUCUAGUAAUGUCGCUUCGCUUUUAAAAGGUAGUAUAUUCGCAAUUAUCUACUGAAUUACUGUGUGAAUUUAAAGUGAAUGGAGUAGGGGGUUCUCAUACAUCAAGGGUGUUGUCGCUCAAUCUGGUGUAAUUUUAAAGACAUGUUCAGUGCAUUAAUGGUGAUACCAGUGCUGUUACUGCUCAUAAUUACAGUAACUGCCAGUUUCCAAUAUACCAGGUGUUGUUCUUCUUUUAUAGUUAACAAAAUUUUUAAACAUCACCUGUGGCGGAUAGCACCAUCCUAACACUUGAGCUGGAUUGCUGAAGGGUCAGGAUAAUUUCUUGCACAUGGGCAAGGAAUUGAAAUGCAUAAACAGCUGAUUGCCAAAUGGUCACUAAUCAACUUUCUAAUUCAUUUAGGGCACAUAUUGCAAUUUACAAACUGAAGCCGGUGAACUCUCAAGGUGCAUUAGCAGCAGUUUUGAGAUAAGUGCAGUCGAAGCUGAAGGUAAAAUUCACUGCUAUUACUUUAGCAAAACACCUUUUAUAUACAUGGCGGGACAAAAAUAACUGGACCACCAUUGCAUUUCUUCAUAGACUUUGGGAAUGUGUCUUGAAACUGGUGCCAUCUUCAUAAUUCCAAAUGGAUGUGCCUUGUGAACUCGCCAGCUACAAAUCCGUUGGAAUAUGUACCCUAAAGUAAUCAGUUAAUAAGUUAAGUGCUGGUUAAAUUUUGCAAAUUAGUCAAUUAUGCAUUUGGCUCCUCCUGCAAAUAAUGUCUGCCUCUUUGGGCGAUUCAGCUCCAGGAGUCUAAUUGUGCUAUUUGUCACAGAAAAUUUUGAAAAAUUCUGUUAACUCUAAAGAAAAACACCCUAGAUAAAUUCAUGUACCAAUGCACUUGGAUCACAGCAUUGCGUUCCAGUUACUUUUGAUGUACACAGCAUGCAAAAGUUGAAUCUAAGGAGGUAAUCUUGCAGCAGCUGUUAUAUAGCAUUCCGUCUUCGCCUUUUGAAUGCUCAGAACCGACUUGCACGAUUGUAAGCUUUUUGUAGUUACUUCCUCUUUGUUCACUUCCUUUUUAAAAAGUUUGUGCCACUCUGUACAACGCAUCUGUUUUUUGAAGGAAACUUGUUGUGAUAACAGGAAAAUUUCAGCAUACUAAAUGUAAUUGCGUGCAAUACUUUGUGUACAGUAUUGUAUAUCGCCUAGCGGUACACAUGUACUGCCAAGUGCUCAAAGUGUACUGCAACGGUGCUACGUAAUUACACUAUACAGAAACUCGCCUAACAGCUUCCCAGUUUUCUUGGUUUCAGUAAUGGCUGCAUCUUUGUGUUCUAGUACCCUUUGUUUGUGAACAUGUAAUGUUUUACAAUUGAUUCAUGCAUAAAACUGGCUGUGUCAAGGCGUAUUGGACAGCUUAAGGCUCAUUGUAUAUAUAGUUGAAUAUUGCUGGCUUUAAUCACGCAAUUCUGAUCGCUGAGGUGCAUUGUUAAAUUCAGCAUUGUAUGACACUCAUUUUUCAGUGUUCAACACUGCCCAACGUGGGCAAUUCAUAAUGCGCACAAGGUUGUGUUCGCAUCACUUCUAGAUGCUCUUGAAAACUGUAAUGCUUGCUUGAGCCUAGGGGCUCCAUACAAUAUCUGCAGUAACGAUAUAGAGAUAUGUUCUCUGGCCAAUCUUGGAAAUGUAGUUUUGUAGGCAUACUGUACAUAUGACAUGCAUCUAGUGCUUUUCCUCUUUGUGCUAUGUGUGUAUGGCUGUCACUUUUGAUUAAACUUUUGUUUUGUAUUAUACUG